CAAUGACACAGCAGACGAAGAAGAAGGUAGAGCGGAAGUAAAAACAUUUUCUUUCCGCGUUGUAGAUGCCGGUGCAUAAACACACGAGAAUGACACUUGGAACUUUUUAUCUCUAAACGUUUUCCUUUCUCGCUGAAACACACGAACGGUGGAAGUUCAGCAUUAUGUCCCUUCCACGUGCUCGACGGCGCCUCCUCUCCGCACUCCAAGUCCCCUGUUGCGGCCACGCAGCGUUCAGCAGCGCCUCGAACCCUCGGGAGAAACCUGACGCCGACGGUCCGGUCUUCCAGUACGUUGGCCAGCACAGGAAGCCCAGGCACAAAGUGUUUGUGUGGGGCUUCAGCUUCACGGGAGCCCUGGGCAUUCCCAGCUUUGUGAUUCCCGACAGCGGGAGGAAAAAGCCACGCAAGUACCAGCUCACGCCUUACCGUCUGGAGACGGAAGACCAGAUCUCCUCUGCCGCCUGCGGUUACGGCUUCACUCUCCUGGCGUCUUCCACCAAAGACGUCACCAAGCUGUGGGGCGCCGGCCUCAACAAGGACUCGCAGCUCGGCUUUCAGCGCACGCAGCGCAGCCGGCAUCACAGUUACGAUUACGUGUUGGAGCCGUCGCCCGUACAGCUGCCUCUGCGUGAACCGCAGAAAACGCGCGUGACGCAGGUGUCAUGCGGGCGCGCGCACACGCUGGUGCUCACCGAUCGCGAGGGAGUUUUCAGUAUGGGCAACAACGCUUACGGCCAGUGUGGGCGACAUAUCGUGGAAGACGAAGCGUACGGCGCCAGUCACGUGAUCCACAAAAUGGAGGGCGUGGAUGGCCGCGUGGUGCAAGUGGCGUGUGGACAGGACCACAGCCUCUUGCUGACGGAGGCGGGGCGGGUCUACGCCUGCGGGUGGGGAGCGGAUGGACAGACGGGUCUGGGGCACCACAAGGUGUGCCCCACCCCGACUGAGGUGCUGGGGGAGCUGUCGGGGGUGAAGGUGCAGCAGGUCAGCACGUACGCAGACUGCAGCCUGGCCGUGUCCGCCGACGGACAGCUGUACGGGUGGGGGAACUCUGAAUACCUUCAACUGGCUUCCGUCACGGACACCACCCAGAUCAACUCCCCUCGCCGGUUGCCCCUGCCAGGCUGCGGUCGGGUGGUGCAGGCUGCAUGCGGGGGCACACAGGUGGCUGUCCUUAACGAGCAAGGCGAAGUGUUUGUAUGGGGCUACGGGAUUCUGGGCAAAGGCCCCUCGCUAUCAGAGUCCGGCUCCCCCGAGAUGAUCCCCCCGUCCCUGUUUGGACGCUCUGACUUCAACCCAUCCGUCGUUGUCAGCAAGCUCCGAUGCGGCCUCGGUCACUUUGCUGCUGUUACGGAUCGUGGCGAACUCUUCGUGUGGGGGAAGAACCUGCGAGGGUGUUUGGGUAUCGGGAAGAGGGACGAUCAGUUCUUCCCGUGGCGAGUGACUGUUCCCGGUCAAGUGGUGGAUGUAGCGUGUGGUGUCGACCACAUGGUGGCGCUCGUCAAGUCCCUCCUCUGAGUUGGGAUGCAAGAGCUCCGUCAAGCUAGCUGUGGGGUGGGCCGACCAAAAUCCACUGAGGUGGGACUGGGGUUGGGGGGGACGGGUCUAAAAAGAACUCUUAUGAACACUCGAAGACGUUUGGAAAGUAACCCCCCAUUUUUUUUCUUUUUUUAAAUAAAUCAUGUGAGACCCGAUUAGGUUUGCCCUCAUUCCUGAUCUUUUUUUUCCCCUCAAACUUUGGUACUCUCAUUUGUUGCUAGGCAGGAUUUCUGGAGCACAGUACAACAUUUAAAUGAUGCUCUCACUUGUUGCUCAGCAGAAUUUCAUGGCAAAAUUUCUGCUCCGUGCGCUGAUGUCUUUUUUUUGGUGGUGGGGGGCAAAUUAUGAAAGAAGAAAGGACAAAAUAGUGAUAAAUUGGCUAAAAGUCAAAAAUAUUGAA